AUGGCGGAGCGAGCGACGGAUCGAGCUCGCGAGCACGCUGGCCGCGCGCAAGAGCAGGCCCGGGGCAUGAUGCAGAAGAUCCAGGAGCGAUCGCCCAAUUCCAAGCAGGUGUUGGGGCUCUUGACAAUCAUCACUGGAGUGGUGGUGGCGCUCGUCAUCGGCGGCGUCACGCUGGGAGGAACUGUCUUAACUCUGCUCCUCGCAUCGCCGGUUUUUCUCCUCCUUAGCCCGGUUCUCGUCCCCAUUGGCAUCGUCAUCGCGCUUGCUACUGGCGGAUUUCUCUCGGCCAGCGCCGUGUUUGUGGGAUUUUGCUCCGUGGUAUCUUGGCUCUACAACUACGCUCGCGGCCGGCAUCCCGUGGGAGCCGAUCAAAUCGACGCUGCCAAGCACAGGAUUGCCGACACUGCUAGCCAUGUAACCGAGAAGGCUCGCGAGGUGACGGGGUAUUUGCAAUCUAGAGUUCCAGAGGCUGCUCCAGGUGCUUGA